GUGCCGCUGUUCGCCCGGGCUCCGGAGACGCUCCGCCUGGCGGUGGUGGACGCGCUGGUGCCCGUCAGCCUGCGCGCCGGCGAGACGGUGUGGAAGCAGCGGGACGAGGGCAGCUGGAUGGGCAUCGUGCUCUCCGGGCGCUUGGGGAGGCUGCUGCAGAAGGGGGGCACCGCCAUGGGAGAGACCAUCAAGUUGGACGAGGCAGAGACUCCGGUCAAGCAGACCGACGGGAGAGUGCAGAGCAGGUGGCGCCACGUGGUGGCGAAGGUGCUGAAGCAGAAGUACCUCAAGGGUUUCUGGUCAGUGCUCGGCGAGUACCUCAAGUACGUCAAGAGCAGGAUCCAGAACGCCCAGCUGUCCCAGCAAGCAGAGCAGAUGCAGCAGCAGAACGUUCAGAUCAGGACGGAGCUCGCUCGGCAGGUCCAGGCGCAGGGAGAUCUACCACGGUUGGCCGAGCAGCUCGGCGACGCUGUGCAGAAGCUGUCUGACGAACGCAAGGAUAAGUCGUCUGCGCCGGCCUUUUCCCUUGUAGACACCAAGGGGUUGGGCAAGCCCUCCAUCUUCAAGAAUGAGGAAGCCAAGUUCCUGGAGUGGUCCCGCAAGACCAAUGCGUACCUGACGGCAGUCUUCGGAGAGCAGUUCCGCAAGCUGCUAGAGUGGGUGGAGGAUCAGGCGCAGGAGACCACGGUGAUCAGCAUGGAAGUUCUGGAGGCGCGGUUCGGCAGCGACGACGAUGACGAAGAUGAGUUCAUUCCGGACCUCCGCGAGAAGGUCAGCCAGCUGUACGUCGCCCUCCAGACGCUGACAGAGGGUGAGAGCUUUGCCCUGGUGAUGAACACUCCCAAGGGUAACGGCGCUGAGGCGAUGAGGAAGCUCAUCCGGCGCUGGGACCCAGCUUCAGGGGGUAAGCGCCGCGUUCUCUUGAAGCAGAUCAUGAACCCGCAGCGGUGCACCCUCAGUGACCUGUAUGCGAAGCUCGAGGAAUGGGAGGAGCUCAUCCGCCGUUACGAGAGGAAGAAGGCAGAUGGCCUGGGCAAGGUGGUUGACGACGACGUGAAGGUUGCAGCCCUGGAGACCAUGGUGCCAGAAGAGCUCGAACUCCACCUCGCGAUGAACAAGCACCGGUUAGACACGUCGGAGAAGGUCGUAGAGGAGAUCAGGAGCUUCCUGGAGUCGAGACAGUCGCAAGGUGCCCUACUCCGACGGAAGCGAGGUGACCCAAUGGACGUUGACUCGCUGUACAAAGGAGGCAAGGGCAAGUCCAAAGGUAAGGGUGACAAGAACGGCAAGAAGGGCCAGACUCCCAAGCCGCGUGACAAGCGGACGGUGCAGUGCUGGCGUUGCGGUGGCUGGGGCCGCACGUCGAAUGAGUGCACAGUCCGCCUGCCUGGCGGGAAGACCGGCGACGGCAAUGGCAGCAAAGGCAAAGGCAAGGGCAAGGACGCAGACAAGGACAAGUCCAAGGGCAAGAACCGCCGCUGGGACACCAACUCCUUCGAGCCCGGUGCCGCGUCAAGCUCGAGCCAGCCGGUGUACGGAGACAACUGGGACGACGGCAACAACAGCACGAUCACCAGCCUUCCGCCCUCAGCGAGCCAGGUGGGUUCCACGAACCUUGGCUCCUUCGAGCUGUGCACGUUCGAGCUCAACAGCUUCGACGAGACCGUCGACGACCAGGAGUGGAUCAGGUUCACGUUCGACUCGGGAGCGGCCGUGACCACCUUCCCUGAGAACACCAAGGGCGAGCGGCUCCCGGCCGAUCCGAAUGCGAGCUAUCGGACGGCCAGCGGUGAGAUCAUAGCCGACUCAGGCGGGGUAUGCAUCCAAGGGCGAUCCGAGUGGAGCGAGCCGAUCAGACUGAAGGCGCGCUUGGCCAGCAUCCACAAGCCGCUGGUCUCGGCCUCGCAGACUCACCGCACGGGUCGGGCCACCUGGCUGACGAAGGAGGGUGGCUACAUCCUCCCGGCCGGCUCGGACAUCGUGAACCGCGUCGACGCUCUCAUUCGUGAUGCUGUGUGGAGUGAGUCGGGCGUGGUGCCUCUGUACGUUGAGAAGGGCAUCUACGCAGGCUACAUCAAGAAGAACGAGGGAGGCCACGUCAGGAGAGUCUCGUUCGGCGACCACCGCGAGAGCUGGGACUUGUGCCCGGUCGACGGCGGGUCGCCAGUCCCUCCCCGGCAGGCCUGGCCGCAAGUCGCGCGCCGUGGCAGGGCGCCGACGCAGGCAGAGCGGGAGCGGCACUUGGCAUCCGGACACGCGGUCUACCGCUCGUGGUGCGAGGAGUGCGUGCGGGCAGCCGGCCUGGGCGCCCCGCACGCCAGGCGACCUGAGGACGUGGAGGACGACGGCUCCAUCCCCAUCUUAGCGGUGACGGACCGCAAGUACGGCAUGAAGGGGGCGACCGCCGUCAAGGACAAGACCGCGUCCGACUUCGUGGUCAAGUGGCUCGUGGGCUUCUUGAAGCACCUCGGGCACCGCCGCGUCGUGCUCAAGUCCGACGGCGAGGCGAGCAUCUGUGCCAUCAAGAAUGCAGUGAUGGUUGGUGUGGGCCAGCAUGUCGAGCGCAUCCCGCAGGAGUCGCCCAAGGGCGAGCACAAGAGCAACGGCGAGGUCGAAGCCAGCGCGAAGGAGGUGAAGAAGGUCAUCCGAGCGAACUUCUUCUCCAUGCAGAAGUCCUUCGGCUUCGAGAUCGCGCCCGGGCAUCCCAUCGUCAGGUGGCUGCCCCAGUUUGCCGCGGACUCCAUCUCCAAGUUCAGGCUCGGCGUUGACGGCGUGUCGGCCGAGCAGCGGAGGCGUGGCCGCCCCUGGAGGAAGUUCGCGGCGGAGUUCGGCGAGAGGGUGCACUAUCGACCUCUCGGAGUCGGAGACGAGAGGAGCACGCUGGCCCCCAAGAUGCUCAUGGGGCACUUCGUGGGCUACCACUCGCGGACAGGCGCGCUGCUCGUCAUGACGCAGUCGGGUGUGGUGCGGGCCCAGGGCUUCAAGCGCCUGCAUCGAGCCCAGGCGUGGUCGCCGGAGGCACCAGGGUCGUGGGGCAGGCUUGCUGGACUGCCGUGGGAGGUUUCCCCCGCGGUGUUGCUCGCGCAGCCCGUGGGCCCGAUCACCGUGGCCAGAGACACGCAGGAGGACCACGACACCGUGGUCAGGAGGCGCUACGUACUCAAGAAGGACAUCGAACGCUUCGGAGCUACUCCGGGGUGUCCAGGCUGCGCGGACCUCAUGGCAAGGGGGUCGGCGCGGGUCGCGCACUCCCAAGAGUGCCGCGAUCGCAUCGAGGCCGAGCUGAUGAAGGACUCGGCAGGCCAGCGGAGACUGGCGGAGCACCACCUGAGGGCGAGUGCUCGCGAGGCUCAGGCGGAGGAGAGCGCGGCGCAGCCGGCGCCCCAGCCUGGAGCAGCCGCAGCCAGCGGCGGAGGAGCCGCCGCGGCCAGCGGCGGGGGAGGCGCCGCGGCAGGACCCGGCGCGGACGUGGCCAUGGCAGGUCCACGUGCGGGCGCCCCGGCGACGCCACCGGCAGCAUCGAGGAAGCGUGCUGCGAGCGCGUCCGCCGAGGAGCGCCGCCCGCCGCAGUUGCGAGACGGGCCAAGGGGGCUCAAGAGAGCCGGGAGCGAGCCGGACCUCCACGGGCAGAUGAUCGUGGACGGAGGCUCGAGCUCGUCGGCUGGACCGGCGAGCGCGGCAGUGUCCGCCGGGCUGGUGCAGCCCGCGCCUAGCCCAGAGGGGGCUAGAGGAGGUGGCGACAUGGAGGACUUGGCAGGGCCAGCUGCACGGGCUGGCAGCUCCAUGGACGUCGGCGCCUUUGACGAGGUCAAGGGCAAGAUCUACAGGGAGAUCCUGGCGCUGGUGAGCGCCACGGACCUGAUCGGCGACAACGCCAUGUCGAUCAAGGAGCUGAAGGAGGCGUCCGCGCUGUUGACCGAGAUCAACGGGGUCGACCUCGCAGAGAUCUACUCGCCCGAGCGCUUCAAGGGGAAGGCGCUCGGCAUGGGCCUGACGGCAGGCCUCGCGGCGGACCUCCACACCGGCUGGGACUUGCUUCGAGAGGACCACCGCCGAGCAGUCAUGAAGAAGCUGCUGGAGGAUGACCCUCUCCUCACCGUGACCUCUCCGCCGUGCACGGUCUUCUCCAAGCUCAGGCAGCUCAGCAACUUCAAGCGGGACGAGGGCAUCGUGGCUUCCGAGGUCCUCGAGGGCGAGACACACCUGGAGUUCUCCAUGAAGGUGUGCGAGAGCAGGCAUCAGCGAGGAGCACUUUUCCUGCAUGAGCACCCCUGGGGCGCAUCCUCCUGGUCGCGGCCGUGCGUCCAGAGGGUCAAGGAGUUGCCGGGCGUGCACUUGGUGCGCGGCCCGAUGUGCCGCUGGGGCCUCCACGCUCGGGGGCCCGAUGGGCGCGAGGCAUUCGUGCGCAAGGAGACGGGCUGGCCGACGAACUCGCAGGUCUUGGCCGACAUCCUUGCUGGGGAGUGCCGCUGCCAGUCCAUCGGCGGCGAACCCUACCGGCACGUGCACUUGCUCGGUGACAGGAGGGCUCGAAAGGCGCAGGUGUACCCACCCCGCCUGGUCAGAGCCAUCCUUCGCGGCCUCAGGGAGGAACUUCGAGCUCGAGAAUCGCUGUCUGACCUGGCGGGCUUCACCGCCGGGGCCUCGCCUCACGCCGAGGAUAUGGGCCAGGAGGCGGAGGCGCUCGUGGACGACGUCCGCGGGGGCUUCCUCGACCCGCUGAAGGUGAAGGAGGCCAGGGCUGAGGAGCUGGAGUGGUGCCGUAGCCGCGGAGUGUGGAAGAAGGUUCCACGCCGCGAGAUGGAGGCGGAAGGAGGUCGUGCCCUCGACACACGGUGGAUUGACACCAACAAGGGGGACCUCGAGCGACCGCUGUACCGCUCGAGGCUCGUGGCACGGGAGAUGAAGGUCCGCCGGCGCGCCGAGGGGCUGCUGCCGCCGCAGCAGGACCUCUUCUCGGGGACGCCACCGCUGGAGGCGUUCAAGGCGCUGGUCAGCCUCUUCCUCAGCAGGGCGUUCGAGCAGUUCCAGAGCUCGGAGCCCCGAGAGGUGCUGUACAAGUUCUACGACGUGUCGCGUGCCCACUUCUACGGGCACGCGCAGAGGCGCCUCUGGGUGGAGCUUCCGCCCGAGGAGCGUCAGGGCGAGGAGGAGCCACUCGUCGGACUUCUCCUUCGCACGAUGUACGGCACGAUGGAUGCGAGCCAGGUCUGGCAGGGUGACUACGUCGAGCUGCUCAAGUCCGUCGAGUUCCUGCAGGGGAAGUCGAGCCCCGCCAUCCUGUGGCACCCAGGGCGUGACAUCGCCCUCGAGGUGCAUGGUGACGACUUCGGCGUGCUGAUGUAUGCAGACGACGAGGCCAGGUUCGACGAGUUGUUGAAGAAGUAUGACUACAAGGUCACGGGCCGCCUCUCCUCGGCGGCCGAAGGGGUCCAGAGCACGGUCUACCUGAACCGCGUGCUCAUCUGGGAUCCCGCCGCAGGUGAAGCACGCAUCGAGUCUGACGUCCGCCACGUUGACAUGAUCCUUCGAGACCUGCACCUGUGCGACGCCAAGCCGGUGCAGACGCCUGCGGUCAAGAAGAGUGUGACCGAGAUGAUAGAAGCCUCGCAGUCCCAGACGCUCGAUGACGCACAGUCCAAGCUCUACCGCUCGCUGGUCAUGCGUGCGAGCUACAUCGGGCAGGACAGGCCGGACCUCAGCUACAUAGCGUCUUCUCUGGCCAAGUCGAUGAAGACGCCACGCGAGUCGGACAUGAUGGACCUGAAGCGCCUGGGGCGAUACCUCAAGCAGGCCAGGGCCGGCUCGCUGGUGUUCAAGCUGCAGGAGGCCCCCACGCGCAUCGAGAUCUUUGUAGACGCUGACUGGGCUGGCGAGGCUACCACCAGGAAAUCACGCAGUGGCAUGAUGCUCAUGCUCGGCUCCCAUCUUGUGAAGCACGCUUCCACUCAGCAGACCACGGUCGCGCUGUCUUCGGGGGAGUCCGAGUACUAUGCGAUGCUGAAGGGUGCGAGCCACGCUCUGGGGCUUCAGUCGAUGCUCCAAGACUUCGGCGUGCAGCAUCUAGAGAGGCCACUACUGCGCAGCGACAGCGUGGCGGCCGAGGGCGUCGCCACGCGGCAGGGCCUUGGCGCUGUCCGCCACAUCGACACGAGAUUCUUGUGGCUGCAGGACCAGGUCAAGGCAGGCAAAGUGGAGAUCAAGCAUGUGCCGGGGCUCCAGAACCCGGCCGAUGCGUUCACAAAGGCUCUGGACCAGACACAUCUGAGACGGCAUUUUGAGGCUAUGGGCUUUAAGGUGCGCGACGAGGGCAGCCGGCUCCAUCGUCCCGCACUGAUGCGGGAGGCGCGGACGAUGUGCAUUGAGAGUGGUCGGCCGUGCACGGACCUGGCGGGCGAGAGGACACAGUUCGACAAGGAACUCGGGGACUUACAUCUUCAAGCUUCUGGCGCAGAUUAUGUGAUCAGCUCCACGGCGGCACCAGAGAUCCAAUGGCGCCCGCCGGGCGCGCCGGCCGCCUCCGCGCCGCGGGCGCCCCCCCCCGCCGACCGCGGCGCCCUCGGGCCGCCGGGGCGCGCCGCCGAGGCGCCGCCCCUGCGCGGCGGGGGCCCGGAGGGGUUCGCGGAGUUCACGGAGCAGUUCAACAAGGAUGCCAAGACCACCAUCGCCAACACGCAGUUCGCGAAGGACCGUGGCAUCGAUGUCUCGGUCCUGGACGAUAUGGAGCAUAGUCUCGAGCAGAAGGGCGAGUGGUUGAAAAAGGAGACGAUCGGCAAGGCGGCGGACAAGGUCGGCGGGGCCGUCAGCGCGAUAGCCAAGGACGAGACCGUCGCGAAGCUGCUGUUCGACGGCGCCGGCGAGGGCGGGCAGGGCAACGCCGGGCCAGAGCAGUGGCCGCCGUCGAGGGAGGUCGCCGACGCGGCCUUCCAGACGUGGAUCGUGCGGCAGCUGACGGAGAUCUACUCCGAGCACAACCCCGGGAAGCUGGGCGAGAUAGAGCAGUUCCUGACGAAGUACAGGGGCAGAGAGAUCCUGCUGUACGAGAAGGUGUGCCAGAAGUACGGCGUGGCGCCCCAGGCGCCGCCGGAGGCAGUCGCGGUGGAGGCAAAGGAGUCGCCCCCGCUGGCCUCCGCCGCGCCGGCCGCCGCCCCGGCGCCCUCCCGUGCGGCCUCGGCCGCUGCCGCCGCCCCAGCGGGUGGCGCGGCCGCGCCGCCGCACAGCGCCGCGGCGGCGGGCCCGCUGCCAGGCGGCGCUGGCGGAGCGUCAGGGUCGCGCGCGGCAGCAGCGGACCCCGUGGAGCGCCUGGGGGAGCUGGAAGCGCAGGUCGCGGAGCUCACCGCCGCCCGAGCCGCGCUGCAGGGCCGCCUGCAGUCACAGGAGGCGCAGGCCCGCGAGCUGGAGGCCAGGUGCGCCGAGGUGUCCGCGGUGUCCGAGGACGCGGCCCGGCGAGCGGAGGAGCACGCUCAGCAGGUGGCGGUGUUGAGGUGCACGGUGGCCGAGAAGGACGGUUACAUCGCGGCACUCCAGGACGAGUGCGAGAGUCUCGACGCCAGGCCCAUCAGCCCGUGCGCGUUCGUGUGGAGGGAGCCCCCGGGCUGCUCGAACGGCGCCGAGUGCGCGUUUUGCCACUUGGACCCGCCGGACGCGUGCAGGCAAAGGAAGAGAGAGAGGUACGCUCGAGGCAGGGCGGAGAGAGGGCUGAUGACGGUUGGCGUGGCGAAGACAACGUUGCGGUAG